GGAUUCUUGGAGGUGAUUUGACCAGUGAGGUGACGCCUUUCUGUACUUCUUUGCUUUACUUGUUUACGUGUUUUUACAUUUUGAUGCGUGAACCGUGACGCUCUUGACCACAUGGGCUGCCAUGUCUUUGCAUCCUGGGGCGGCGCUACAAUAAAUAAAGGAGUUUAAAGUAUUUAAGGCGGGCAAACCAGGCAUGAUUCAGGACGGCAGUUCCGAAGAUAGCGGCUCCCAACCAAAAACGACCAUCCCGCUAAGACACCAUGAAAGCUGUCAUAGCCUUUCUGCUUGUGCUUUGUCACCUGGGUGCCACUGGAGCUUGGAGCUGCCAGGAAGCACCAAGACUGUAUUACACCCGCCAGAUUGAGGCUAGCCAGGGCAAAGUGCUGGCGAGGACCAGCUCCAAUCGAGUGUACUUCUUGAGUGGAAAAUCUUGGUACAGACUGGGCUCGGUGUCCCUCAAGGAUGUCUCUGUUGGACCUGCCGGAAUCUGGGGUGUUGAUUCCAGCAAUAGGGUGCACAAAUUCAUAGCGGGCGAGUUUCUUCCAUCGACAGGAGCAUUGCUACAACAGGUAGAUGCCGGAGGUAACGGUCAGGUGGUCGGGCUGACACCCACCAACUAUACCCACUGCCUGAGGAGCACCUACGCCGCACCCUACAAGGGAGUGGGCUCGCUCAGCUGGAGCUCCAUGGGACGGGUGAUGAAGGACUACAGUUGCGGCCCUCGCUUUGGAUGCUGGGGGGUGGACCAGAGUAACCGCGUCUAUGUCUCCCAGGUGUCACCAACCACUUGUGGUAGCAGUAGUUGGACACUGGUAACAGGAUUUACCAUGAGCAUGAUUGAUGUGAGCACGGAUGGAAGUGUUUUUGGAGUGACCACCAACGGCCUGGUCUACCAAAGGACGGGCAUCAGCAGCCAUCGCCCGCAAGGCACAAGCUGGGUCUCUGUGCCAAUGUGCAUGGCUGUCUCUUCCCUGAGCUAUGACCUGGGCCAACUUUGGGUCUUGACUAAUUCUGGUUUGCUCCUGCAGUGCUCCCACUAAUAUCGGCUAUGAAAAGCGUGCAACCAUUUUGAGAAAAGCUCUUUUGAUUUUGAUGAACCAUUAUAAAGUCAACUAUUCUGUUUUGAUCAACUGUUGUGCAAAAGCAUAUACACGCAUCUAAAUUCAAAUAAACAAUUUGUCUAAUCACA